UUAAAUACAGAAGGUACAUACGUCGUGCAGUUACAAAUAAUAUGAUUGUUUGAAUAUUUAUGCGAAUUGUUCAAAAGUUUCCAUUCUAUGUAUAUUCUAUUUCAUGCAUUGCUCAUAUUGAUGUUUCGUGGUCAUAGAUGUAGGUUAUAAUUUUACCGCCGAGAUUUGUUUGGAACGCAUUUAAUAUUAUAAAUAUUUGUAAACCAGCGUAUGCGAUACUGAAUAUCACAGUGAUUUUUCGCGAAUUAUCAUGCUGUUUUAUUCCUUCUUCAAAUCCUUGAUCGGAAAGGACGUAGUGGUCGAAUUGAAAAAUGAUCUCAGUAUCUGCGGCACGUUAUAUUCUGUCGAUCAGUAUCUAAACAUAAAAUUGGCUGACAUUAGUGUAACAGAUUCAGAGAAGUAUCCUCAUAUGUUAUCGGUAAAAAAUUGCUUUAUCCGUGGAUCUGUGGUACGAUAUGUACAACUUCCAGUGGAUGAGGUAGAUAUCCAUCUUUUAACUGAAGCGGCACGAAGGGAAGCAAUGAAUGCUCAAGCAAGAUAGCUCAUAAUUUUAUUAAAU